CACGAGAGGCGAGAUGGCAACAUCUUCUCUCUAUCGCGACCUUCUAGAUCACUGCAUCGAAAUACUGACGUCGUACGACGCCGAGACAACUGGCGUGGACUCUCACGCCGAGCACUACGUGUCUGCCUAUCUCUCUGUAGCCACGCUUGAGGAGAGCAGUGUAACGUUGGUCACUGAAGUGUUUGCCGGCUGUGUGCAGUACAGCAAGUUGAUGCAGGUGGUAAUAGACAUUUUUUAUGCAAGGGAGGGUCGAAAUUUUAAGCGUCAUGACGCCUACGUUUUCAAAGUUCUUGCCUAUUUGGCCAUCUUUCGAUUGGAGGAGUUAGGCAUGGCACACUUCCGCAGAUUCGUCAACACUCAACCAACCAACAAGAUGUAUAAAUUCUUGAAAUUUCUUUUUGAUGAGGAGAAUGUGCAGACGUUGUUGAAUGACAAGUGGUGUAAGGUUUACGACAGGACUUUUGUUCAUACUCAUGUUGUAUCAUCACUACUAAGAUGGUAUCCAGAAGCUCAAGAGUUGGUGAAGCAACUUCAUGAUAAACUGAUGAACGUCCAGAAAGCCAGAUCUAUUCAACCUCCAACUGAGGUAAAAUCCUUCCAACUCACAAAGCCAAGACCAAGAACAGUUCUUAUGCCAGACAAGAUACCAAAACUGAAGCCACGAAAGCCGGUGCCAAUCAGCACAUACCAAGCUCCGACAACUGUGCAACUUAUUGCUAAGGCAAAAGAAUCAAACAAAGAAAGAGCAAAGGCACUUAUGGAAGAGGCAACACAAAAUCAAUUUGCAUGCGCAACUGUCAGUGAUUCUGACAGAAAGAAGCAAACAUUGCAAAAGAUACAAGAAGAAGAGGAUGCCAAAUUGGAUUUUAAUCGAUCAAAGAUGCAGGCUCUUCCUUCAUCUAACUUUGAAACUACGCCCAUUAAGCUAAACACAGCAGCUAUAUUGAGAGAAGGCAUAUUUUUUAGACGACAAGAAGAAGAAAAACUAAGAAAAUUAGAAGAGUUAGUAUCAGGUAGUAGAGAUGCAUCGGAGUUUCUUCGUUGGCAAGAACAGAACAAGCAACAGGAACUGCAAGCUCAAAUGGCAGAAAUCGAACGAAAGCAUCUUGAAGGUCAAUUGAGUCACGAGGAGGCCAUCAUUGCUAGACGAUCUCUGGCGGAAGAGAACAGAGUGAAAGUCCAGGAAAUGAAGCAAGAAGCAGACAGGUUGAUGCAACUCUAUCUGCAACGUCGUCUUGAAGAAGAGCAAGGAAUGAGAAUGUUAGUGGAACAGAUAUUGUCGGGUCAUCAGAAUGCACGAAAAGCAAAGCAGAGAGUAAAAGAGAUCAAACAGAAAAUUGUAAAGGAAGUGGCCAAAGAAAAGCAGGAGUUGAUGCAAAGAGCACUAGAAGAGGCUGAAGCCGAGAUGAAACGGAAAGUGGAACUUAUUCAGCAGAUCAGGGCUUUGGAGAGUGUCCCUAUUGUUCGAUCAAAGUUCUUUGAUAUGACGGCAACGUCUGGUCAGGGUCUUCUGUGUGAAAUGUCAGUAGCUGAGCUGAGAGAAAGAUUGGCACAUUUGAAAGUGGCUCAAGAAGAGGAAGAGGAAAGGAGACGGAAAGAUAUAGUAGCAGCCAAACAGGUCAAAGAUCAACUUGUAAUGGAUACACUCGACCAAAUAGCAAUACAAAGAGCAGAACAGGCACGACUAGCUGCUGCAAGGCAAGAGCAGUUGAGACAAGAAGCACAGCAGAGAGCUGCAGCAACAGUGAAUGAUCCUCACUUGCAACGCUUGCAACAGAGACUGGCAGACCGGCGGUCUCAACGUCAGCGACUUGCUUCUGAUCCAAACAGUCCUUCUCGAAUGACAGCAGGACAAUUACCAGGAAGCAGUGCAAAGAAAACUCAAGAACAACGUCGAUGGCAGGAUUUGGAAAGAUCACAAGAGAGAAGUGCUCGGCUAUUAGCUGCUGGGAAAUCUGCCAAGGCAUCAGGUGUAUCAGCUGAACGAUUCCCUAGAAUUUCAUCUCCUACUGCAUCAUAAUGGCGCUCCAAGACUCGCCUAGUCAUUUUGUAUGGACAUGUACAUGCAUGUACAUCAUUGACUGUACAGUUAAACUUUCUAGCGAUGGAAGGCAGUAUGUUCUUGUAAUAUAACAUGCAUAAUAUAGAAAGACAAGA